AUGAAAUCCUUGAAAAUAGAAGUCGCCGCCCCGCCGUCGGAGGAGAACGAAAAUUUGGAGGAGAACGAUGAUUUGGGAGGUCCUUUAGUCGUUUCUUUACGCAACGCGCCGACGACUUUAACCGACGGCACGUACGCCUUCAACCUUUUCAGAGGUAAUCCGGAUACGAGCGAUAAGGAAUUAGAGGAGGAGUUCGGGAAGGAUGCGUACGAACGGGCGUAUACCUUUUCCAAUGGCAAACUUGGAAACGGCGACACGCCGCAUUCGGAACGGCAUUUAGUGGUGGUCGGGAGAGGCGACGGGUGCGACGUCGUGGGGAAGAAUUUCGCGCACGAGAAGUGUGGGUUUAGCAUGGGCGUGCUGCCGAAAGAUGAGACUUCGGGCGUGAUGGCACACGAAGGUGGAGGAUCGAUGCACGUUUUGGGUCGGUUAGUGCCAGUCGGGAAGAAAGAUUCGGGCGAGUACGUGUUGAAGUUGCAGAGGUUAUGUGGCGAUUCCGUGGUGCACUUGACGACGAGACCGCAGAACUUCAACUAUCAGUUCAACAGAGACGACGAAGAAAAGUUGGAUUACGACAAUAUUGACGUGAGAAGGGCCAUUGCUGCCGAUGCGACGAGGUUGUUUUCCUCGCAAAAGAGGCAAAGACAACAGGCGAAGCUCAUGUCGGCGAGAAAGUUGGACUCGGAUGCAAUCGCAUCGCCGAAGCUGUUGGAAUCACAAAUUGGGAAAGCGUCAAGGUUUGCAAUGACGAGAAAAGAUUUGAUGCAGAAAGCGGGAGAGCAGAGAAAUUUACCCCCGCACGAUUUGGAGGCGACAAAGCCACACGAGGCGUUCCCUUGGAAAUUAACGCCGGGUUAUGUUUUGUUCUCGCAUAAUUUACCAUACAACGAUUUCAUGAAAGCUGGAAAGAGGAAGACGUUAGAGGCUAUGAUAGAGGUUUUUGGUGGGUCGGAGAAACCGAAAGCGAUUAUGGAUUUGUUACCGAUGAUUUACGUGACCGAUCCGAAUUGGGCGAUUUCUGACGGCGACCAUACUUUUGACGCCGUGGAGAAAGGUAAGGCCUUGGCGUUUAUGGACGCACUUUUACAAUUUGCGAGCUUGAAGAGUGGGCGAGUAAAAGAAACGAGACCGAAAAGAAUAGAGAAGAAGAAACGAAAGCGAAAAGAGGAAGGAGAGGAAGGAGAAGAAGGCGUGAAGAAGGUAGAAGACGGGGAAAAAGAAGAAGAGGAAGAAGAAGAAGAAGAAAUAGAAACGAUAGAAGAAGAAGUGAAGCACAAGUGGUUGUUCACAAAACCUGAGCGUGUAAAUCCGCUCAUACAGCAGUGUAUCAUCGAUACUUUUACUGAAGUAGAAGUUGGAGACGAGACGCAAUACGGCGAGUCGCGACUACGAACGAAGAGACUCAAGGAUUUACUCAUCCUUCACAUUAUUCUUCUCGCGUUGCGCAUAUCAAACUGGCAAUUGGAUACUGAAUCCCUACGCGCCGCUUUGAAAUUGAAAACGACCGAGUUUACGCCGAUGUAUAAGCAAUUAGGCGCGAGUAAAGUUACGUCGAUUAAGCAUAAAAAAGACGAAUCGCCGACGGUUGCACUCGUCAUGGCUGAGCGUCAGCUCGGGACCAUUUUACCGGAAAUCAAGAACCGCGUACAAGCGAAGAAGAAGAAAGAAUAUUAA